UGNGGUCUCAAGACUAACGUAGCUGCCAUCCAAGGUCCUGCCACUUGGGCCACUCUUUUCUUUGUUAUAUUCCUCGCUUGUGCUGGAAAAGUCAUUGGUACCGUUAUUGUCGCAUUUUUCCAUGGCAUGCCAGUUCGUGAAGGAAUCACUCUUGGCCUUCUCUUGAACACCAAAGGUCUUGUCGAAAUGAUUGUGCUCAAUGUUGGGAAAGACCAAAAGGUUUUAGAUGAUGAGACAUUUGCUACCAUGGUUCUUGUGGCCUUGGUUAUGACUGGAGUCAUCACCCCUAUUGUUACAGUCCUUUAUAGGCCAGUGAAGAAAUCUGUUUCGUACAAGAGACGAACAAUACAACAAACGAAGCCAGACAGCGAGCUUCGAGUAUUGGUUUGCGUUCACACGCCGCGUAACGUUCCUACUAUUAUCAACCUUCUUGAAGCUUCACAUCCUACAAAGAGAUCUCCCAUAUGCAUUUACGUUCUCCACCUUGUUGAGCUCACGGGACGAGCAUCCGCAAUGCUAAUUGUCCACAACACUCGUAAGUCAGGACGACCAGCGCUUAACAGAACUCAAGCUCAAUCAGAUCACAUCAUCAACGCCUUUGAGAACUAUGAACAACAUGCUUCCUUUGUCGCUGUUCAACCCUUGACAGCUAUUUCCCCUUACUCAACAAUGCACGAAGAUGUUUGUAGCUUAGCAGAGGACAAACGUGUCUCCUUCAUAAUCAUACCAUUUCACAAACAACAAACAGUUGAUGGAGGAAUGGAAGCAACCAACCCGGCCUACCGUUUAGUCAACCAAAACCUACUAGAAAACUCACCUUGUUCGGUCGGAAUACUGGUAGACAGAGGACUCAAUGGAGCCACAAGACUAAACUCAAACACUGUGUCUCUCCAAGUUGCUGUUCUGUUUUUCGGUGGUCAGGACGACAGAGAAGCCUUGGCCUAUGCCUGGAGAAUGGCUCAACAUCCUGGCAUCUCUUUAACCGUUUUGCGGUUCAUUCAUGAUGGAGAUGAAAUUGACACAGCUUCAACACGUGCGACCAAUGAGACUGACCUAAAGGUACCAAAGAUGAACAUGGACCAUAAAAAGCAAAAACAGCUUGAUGAUGAGUACAUCAAUGCAUUCAGGACAUCAAAUGCAGAUUUUGAGUCAGUUGUGUAUAUAGAAAAACUAGUGAGCAAUGGGGAAGAGACGGUUGCAGCAGUGAGAUCAAUGGACAGUUCUCAUGAUCUGUUUAUUGUUGGAAGAGGAGAAGGAAUGUCGUCUCCUCUCACCGCAGGUUUAACGGAUUGGAGCGAGUGUCCUGAGCUCGGUGCCAUCGGAGAUUUGCUUGCCUCAUCAGACUUUGCAGCUACUGUUUCGGUUCUUGUGGUUCAACAGUACUGUGGGUCAUGGACACAAGAAGAUGAUAUGGAUUUGCCUGAGAGUCCAGUAAUUUCACAUGAAACAAAGUCCACAUAUGUUUUAGAGAACCCACGUUAGCCAAAAUAUUCAGAUUUUGUGUAUCUAUACAAACACCCUUCAUUUUCU